ACUUUCCUGAUGAUCACAACUUAAUUAUAGGAUAAUGCAUGAUUAGAAAUUGAAAUUGUGCAUUUUCCAAUUUUUCUUUACCAUUUAAUACUGCUGUCUUUUUCUUUUGGGGAGGGGGGAUAUAUAUGUAUGGGGAGGAAAUGUUAUUGUAUUGAUGUAUGUAACACAUACAUAUACAUAAAGGCAUCCACACAUUACAUCAUGCAUGUAAGUAUAAACAAUAAGUAGACAAAAUAUACAUAAAGGCAUCACAUUACAUCAUGCAUGUAAGUAUAAAAAGUAAGUAGACAAAUGGGCAGAGAGAGAGAGAGAGAGAGAGAGAAGUGUUUGCAUCUCCAAGUUGAGUAUACUUAUAUCUUUCUGCAAGAAUUCAACUGUCUUAUAAUUAUUCUAAGGAAUUCAUUUCCAUUUGCUUUGGCCUGAGGUAAGAGAGAUUAGGACAUCAAGGGCUCAUUCCUUAAAACACACAAAUGACCAUGAAUUCUUCUUAUUGUUAGUCAAUCCAUAUUUUAUACUUCAUCAGAAGCAUCAACAGACUAAAGAGAUGAAGUUAGGUGAUGAUGAAAAUACUCAAGUUUCCAAAACAAGCAGCCCUUCUAACAAGAGUGAUGAUGAUGAUGAUGAUGAAGAUGAGGGUGAUGAGGAAGUUGAUGAAACUGGCAAGCCCAAGAACGCUGGAAGCUCAAGUAACAUCACAGUUGAAGACAGUAGUGAAAAGAAGUCAGCUUCUGGAUCCGUACGACAAUAUGUUCGUUCUAAGAUGCCACGGCUUCGCUGGACCCCUGAGCUCCAUCUUUGCUUUGUUCACGCAGUUGAAAGACUUGGAGGCCAAGAGAGAGCAACACCCAAGUUGGUACUUCAGCUAAUGAAUAUCAAGGGUCUUAGCAUUGCUCAUGUGAAAAGCCAUCUUCAGAUGUAUAGGAGCAAGAAGAUGGACGACCACAAUCGAGUUCCAAACCAAGGGAUUUUCAUGGAAAACGGAGAUCACAAUAUCUACAAUCUUAGCCAACUUCCCAUGCUACAAAAUUUCAAUCAAAGGCCUUCUGGCUUAAGAUAUGGUGAUAUCGAUGCUUCUUGGAGAGGUCAUGACAGCAAGAUUUAUAGCCCUUUCAUGGGUAGGGCUGCACUUGAUCGGACUAGAAAUGGACUAUAUGGUUCAAUCACUGAGAAAAUAUUUGCAAGCAACAAUAGUAGUACUUCAGCAAAUUUCAAUCUACAUAAGCGUGAUUCAUCUUUCAAUGGACAAGCUACGUGGUCAACAAGGCAUCAAAAUUUGAAUGAGCUCAAGUGGUUUCAGGGAUCAAAGCAAAUCCCACUUAAACAAAGCUCAAUGGAAACCAACCUCAUAACUCAACUCCAAGAGAGAGGAACAGAUGAUCAAGGAAUUUAUUUGAACAAUUCUGGUUCUCCCUGGAGAAAAAUUCAAGAAGCGCAAAACACAAUGAAAAGGAAAGCUUUGGAUAACACAGAUCAUGGGGGUCUAGAUUUGAAUUUGUCUCUUAAAGCAGCACCAAACAAUAAUGAGUUUGAAAAGGGUUUGGGUGGUGAUGAUAAGGUUGUUAGUAGUUUGUCUCUUUCAUUGUCUUCAUCUUCACCCUCAAAAUUUGGCAGGUUGAAGGAAGGCAAUAGUCAUUCGAGGCAUUCGGGGACGACGAGUACUCUGGAUCUGACUUUAUGAAUGAGACAAUUCUAAGUAAGAUCUUGAAGUACUUGUCUUAGAGCAAAUGUAUUAAGCCAUUAUAUCAUGUAUCAGCAUAUAAGGUAAUGGUCACAACACUCUUUCUUCUUUUGUUGUUUUCAUUGUCUUGUAUACAAGAUAUAUGGCUAACUAGUAAGCUUCAGUUGGUGUGGAGGAAUAGAUGAAUACUUUUAGCAUUA